ACAAUCCCUCUCUCUUUCACUCUCCGCCAUCAGUCUUCUUCAUUUUACAGUGACACAAAUUUGCAGGUGAUAUAGUAUUUUGAAGCUCUGGUUAGAUCUGGCCAGAGAAAUGGCUUACAUGUGUACUGACAGUGGCAAUCUAAUGGCGAUAGCUCAACAAGUCAUCAAACAAAAGCAGCAACAACAACAAGAACAUCAACAACACCAACCUCCAGACCAUCAUAUCUUCGGUAUCAACCCUUUGUCUCUCAAUCCCUGGCCUACACCGAACAACCAGUCCCUCGGGUUUGGACUCUCCGGUUCGGGUUUUCCUGACCCGUUUCAGGUUAACAGCGGCGGAGAUCCCAACGAGUCAGAGUUUCCGUUUCACAACUUAGACCAUCACCCUCCCACCACCGAUAAUGAGUUUAGGCUUCCUGAUUUCGACGGUGAAACCGGCGGCGAGUUUGAGUCCGACGAGUGGAUGGAAACUCUGAUUACCGGUGGAGACUCGGUGACUCCUGAUUGUGACACCUGGCAAAAUAAUUCAGUCCACGGUCCAGAUCCCUUCUCAGCUUACCCGUGUUCUCAACCGUCAGAUCUAAACCAAGUCAUCGCUACUUCUACUUCACUUCCCUCCCACUUAUGGGCUCCAUCGUCGCCAUUAUCUGUUCCUCCACCUCCAUCUUCAUCUUCGCCACGUCAGAAAACCAAACAUCCAGACACAAACAACUCAGAAGAAGACUUUGACCUAGAACAGCCUUUGCUGAAAGCUAUACACGACUGUUCACUGAUCUUAGACUCUGAAGACGCAACCAAGUCCCUUGUCCGAAUCCAAGAAUCAGUAUCAAAGCACGGUGAUCCAACAGAGCGAGUGGGAUUUUACUUCACCCAAGCUCUCUGCAAAAGACUAUCUCCUGCUCCCGUUUCAAAUGAUUCAACUGUGGAGGACUUAAUCCUCUCUUACAAAACCCUAAACGACGCGUGUCCCUACUUCAACUUCGCGCACUUAACAGCCAACCAAGCGAUUCUUGAAGCCACGGAACAUUCCAGCAAAAUUCACAUCGUCGAUUUCGGAAUCGUUAAAGGUAUCCAGUGGCCUGCUCUUCUUCAAGCACUCUCUACACGUUCUUCUGGUAAACCCGCUCGAAUCCGGAUCUCGGGUAUACCCGCUCGUGAAUCUCCCGAGACGUCAUUGAUCGCUACGGGUAACCGCCUCCGUGAUUUCGCUGAAGUUUUGGAUUUGAAUUUCGAGUUUUUCCCGGUUCUCACUCCGAUCCACUUACUAAACGGGUCGAGUUUCCGGGUUGAUCACAAUGAGGUGUUGGCUGUUAAUUUCAUGCUUCAGCUAUAUAAAUUACUCGACGAGACUACGACGGUUGUUGACUCUGCGUUACGGUUAGCGAGGUCGUUGAAUCCGGUGGUUGUGACUCUUGGAGAGUACGAUGUGAGGCUUAACCGGGUUUGUUUUGGUAACCGGGUGAAAAACGCGCUUCGGUUUUACUCUGCGGUUUUUGAAUCAGUUGAAGCGAAUUUGGGGAGAGAUUCGGAGGAGAGACUGAGAGUGGAACGAGUUCUGUUUGGUCGGAUGAUCUCCGGUUUGAUUGGACCGGAGAUAACCGGGAAUCAGAGGGAACGGAUGGAGGAGAAAGAAGAGUGGCGGGUAUUGAUGGAGAAUGCCGGUUUUGAAUCGGUUAAGCUGAGUAGUUAUGCAGUGAGUCAAGCGGAGAUUCUGUUGUGGAACUAUAAUUACAGUAAUUUGUAUUCGAUUGUUGAAUCGAAGCCAGGUUUUGUCUCCUUGGCAUGGAAUGAUUUGCCUCUCCUCACUGUUUCUUCGUGGCGAUGAUCAACCGAACCAACCGAUACUUUUGGUAUUUGUAGUGUUGUGUCCGUUCCAAGUCUUAGUUUUGGUUUAGAGAGAAAGAAGUAAUUCAAAUGUUAAUAUAAGCCAUGGUUUGAUGAUGAUAAUGUUUUUUUUUUGUUUUUGAUCAAAGAUGUGAUGAUAGUGUUUUGGUUUAGUUUCAGUGUUGAGUUAUUUUUGGGGUAGGUUUUCAAUUUACCUCAAGCUUACUUUUUAAACAUUUGAUUUAUGAAGUAGGUUAAAACUGUUCUUGGUUAUGUUGUGUACUCACUCAUCUACUUUUGUCUGUACAUAAUGUAAAAUUUGUUUGAUUUUUGCUGUUUCUGGUCAGUCAGUUGUUUGAGAUGUAAUUAAUAAUUGAGUAAAAUAUGUAUCUACUUCUUAUUAUAUUAA